GAGCGGAAGUCGCGUGACCCCGGAAGUGACCGUCCGGGCGGCGGGCGGCCGACGACGUUCGUCAUUUGGUGCGGGAGGGAGCGCGAGCGCGGCGGUCGAGCCUCCGGUGUCCCAGGCUAGAGGUGAGAAUGGCUGAACAGGAGCCCACAGCGGAGCAGCUAGCCCAGAUUGCUGCUGAGAAUGAGGAGGACGAGCACUCCGUCAACUACAAGCCCCCUGCCCAGAAGAGCAUCCAGGAAAUCCAGGAGCUGGACAAGGACGACGAGAGUCUGCGCAAGUACAAGGAGGCUCUGCUGGGCCGUGUAGCAGUCUCUGCUGACCCCAACGUUCCCAACGUCAUCGUGACCCGCCUGACUUUGGUGUGCAGCACCUCCCCAGGGCCCCUGGAACUGGACUUGACAGGUGAUCUGGAGAGCUUCAAGAAGCAGUCAUUCGUGCUGAAGGAAGGGGUGGAAUACCGGAUAAAAAUCUCCUUUCGGGUGAACAGAGAGAUCGUGUCAGGCAUGAAGUACAUCCAGCACACAUACAGGAAAGGUGUCAAAAUUGACAAAACUGACUACAUGGUGGGGAGCUAUGGGCCCCGGGCAGAGGAGUACGAGUUUCUGACGCCCAUGGAGGAGGCGCCCAAGGGCAUGCUGGCUCGGGGCAGCUACAACAUCAAGUCCCGCUUUACAGACGAUGACAAGACUGACCACCUGUCCUGGGAGUGGAAUCUCACCAUCAAAAAGGAGUGGAAGGACUGAGCCCCAGAGGGGGAGGUGGGCAGGGCGACGGACAGACAGAAGGACCGAUGGGCCCCACCCCACACCCCUCCCCACCCCAAACCAAAGUGCUGACAGGGCCCUUCCCCACCACCACUUCUUCCUGGUCCACCUCUGGGGCAGCUCCUCUGCCUGCCACUCCUCCAUCCUCCUGCCUGCAGGCCCCUGUGGUCUCUAGUGUCACCUUGCUGCUUCUGCCUGUGCAGUUGGGGAGGGGGUCCGGCCUAGAACCCCACCCCUAUCUGUGUCCCUUCAGGUUCCCUCUGCUUACCCUUUCCCAGGCCCUGGCUGGGCCCUGGCUCCUAGAAGGGAGUGGAGCACUGUCCAGGUUGCCCAGCCCAUGUUGUCUGCCCUGGCUGAGCCAGGAGCACACAGUGCAGGGUCCAGGCCAGGCUGUCCUCCAGCCCCACCACUCUCUGGCCAAUUCAUGUAUCGCUGUCAGUCACUGUCUAACCAUGAUGCCUUAACAUGUGGAACGUGUACUGGGGCCGUCGCUAACUCUUAACUCCCCAUCUGCAUGAGCAUGGUCUCCCCUGUCCUUGCCCUGUCUGCCAUCCCUAUCCCAGUGACCUGGGGAGGCCUGGGGUGUGCUGCUAUUGCAGGCCUGGUCAGCCCCUUCCCUUCCCCCUGGCCAGGGCUGGGGACGGCUCUAGUGGCUAGGGAAGGGUCAGAUUGCCAAAACCCAAUGCCUCCAGCCCCAUCUGGGAGGCAGGUGUCCUCACAUCUCUGCAUUCUCUGUCCCAGUGGGCAGUGCUCAGCCCCAUUCCCCACAGAGAGCCCCCAAGGGACAAAGCCAGCAGCCGAGCCUUACUUGUCUCACCUGGGCCCCAUGGCCUAGAACCUCGUGCCUGGCCUGUCAGUAUUUAUUGCCUCCAUUUGUGCCGUCCUCUGGGCCGGCUGGCCUGCCUGCCACCUCUGCCCUGGCUCAGUGCCACCAUCCCUGGGCAGGCCCUCCCCGGACCCAACCAGGACAAAUGUGGGACCAAGUGCACACACAGUUGGGAGCUGUCUCCUGUGCCUCCCCUCCCUGUCCCCGGUCCCUGUGUGGUGUCUGCCAGGUCCAGGCCUUGAUAAGCAGACAAGCCUGCCCCUGCUUCUCUUCUGAUUGGGAAAUAAAUGCCCCUGAAAGAGCCUGGGGGUCUUUGUUUUGCUUUGGGGGUCUGGAAGAGGUAGUUGGACUCCAGUUGUGGGGAAGGGGAGUAGAGGCCUCUUGGGUUAGGUCUUUGCUAGCUGGGGAGUGAGAUCCGCUGCUCCCCAGCUCUGGUACCUUUGUUGCUGCCUUGCUGUGGCUGUUCAGUGGGAAAGGAAUCUUAAAAAAAAAAACCCUGGGGAGGAUUAUAUGCAGAACUUGCAGGAAGUUAGAAUGAUGAGGCAGGAGUCACAGUGUUGACCCUAGACCUUGGCCUUCAGGAUAUGGACCAAUGUAAAGAUACUGCUGCUCAGGAGUGAUGUGUGGCCUUGGCUAGCAUCCCCAGCCUGCCUCGCCUUGGGGUAUGACUUCUAGUGUCCACUGGGAUGCUGAAUGCUGCCCACAGGUGUGUGUGAUCUAGGCAGUUGACAAACACCCAACUCUACACAACGGGAACCUGGCUGGAGAGUUAGGGUCCUUGUCACACAAGUAAUAAGCAAUGUCUGGUCCCAGGGAGUGCCCAACCCCUAGAUGUGGGUCAUCCUAGGAAAAGGAAUAGCCCAUGUUUCAUGUUGGAGAGGCUCAGGCUGGGGCAGGAAGUUGAUAGUUGGAAAGCCCCCGACUGGAUGGGGUUUCCAAGAGCGGAGUGGAGGGGGAGGGAGGAUGGUAAAAUACCAGACCGUGAUACCAUGUGGAGGUGCGGGAGAGCUGAUAGGAACCCUACAGAUCACAGUGGUAUCAGAUCUCACCCAGUGCCCAUGUCUCCAGUGACUAACCUCUAGGGACUAGGAUGGACUCAGCACCUCCAAAGUUGCAGCCAGUAACUUCAAGCCCACGUCCCACCCAGCUGCUCUGGACAAGGAGGGAUGGACAAUAACCAGAGUACCAGGCAGGAGAAGCCACUGCAGAAACUCCUGACCUGGUGCCAGCUUCUGCAGCCCAGGCUGCUUAGGAAAGCAUGUCUAUUCCACACUUAGGCAGCUGGAGGGGGGCUGCUGCUGCCAGAGAGCCCUCCUGGUUAUGCCUGUAUGGGCUCACCACCGUCCUGGUGCUGAGCACUGGGGUGAGCCCAGCUGGGAACUGGCCAGCUGGUCCAGAGGGUCCCUUCUUACCAUCACACACCCACCCAUUCAGAGCAGCUCCAUCAGGCCAGCAGCCACCUUAGCCAUCCUUAGCAGGCCCUGUAAGACCCACAGAGAAACUAAUUCUGACCCAGCCCUCUGCAGAUGGCAGCCCUUUGCAGCAGCUGGUCCCUCACAGACCCAAGAGCAAAGACCCUAUGUGACCUCUCCAGCUAAAUUCAGCAGGCUUGGACAUGGUGAGAGGCACUGCAGUUUUCCCACUCCUAUCAGAUUGACCACUUCUGCUGAGGAGGAAUGGGGCAGCAACCCCAGGCCAAUCAACUCUCCCAGCUCAUUCUUAAAACGUUCUUUCUUCUCAGCAGCUGUUUUUUGGGUAAGGGCUUCUGAGGUUCUGGUUUGGCAAGAAUCUUAAUCUUUUCACUCUGGGAUUUUCCUAGCCUGUUAGACAUGUGAACUCAGACCUCAAGUGCCAAGUUGUGCAGGCAUACUGCCAACAGGCAGGACUUUGCUCUGGCUCCUCCCCGCGCAGGCUAACAUGAGAUGGCACCUGCACCAGGUGCCAUGAAUGACGUGUCUCUCCAGUCCCAAGUCUAACCUAAUCCUAAUCCUCCCAGUGCCACCCUGACCUGUAGCCUGGUGUUCCUGAGCCUGGCCUCCCUGCUCUCAUGAGCCAGUGCCCAGGGUCCUCUCUGCUCACCUCUCUCUGUGGUUCCCAGGAAUCCCCAACA